CGCGCAUCAGGAAGCGUCGUGCUCUCGCGCUGUCCUCCUUUAACAAGCGACGACCUCCAAACUCACCGGAGCUAUAUUUCCGCUUACUGCGUCUCUUAUCCGCCUCCGGGACCGCGUCUCCUCCGUUACCCACGAGCAUCCCCGCUGUGUUCCCGAGCGCUCGCGUGAUGGCCGCGUACAAGCUGGUGCUGAUCCGCCACGGAGAGAGCUGCUGGAACCAGGAGAACCGCUUCUGCGGCUGGUUCGACGCCGAUCUGAGCGACACCGGAGCCGAGGAGGCCAAAAGGGGCGGCCAGGCCCUGAGAGAUGCCGGGUAUGAGUUUGACAUCUGCUACACGUCUGUGCUGAAGCGUGCCAUCAGGACCCUGUGGCUGGUGCUGGAUAGCAUCGAUCAGAUGUGGCUGCCCGUGCAUCGCACCUGGCGUCUGAACGAACGCCACUACGGCGGCCUGACGGGCCUCAACAAAGCCGAGACGGCGGCCAAACACGGCGAGGCACAGGUGAAGAUCUGGAGACGCUCCUACGACGUCCCACCUCCACCCAUGGACCCCGAGCAUGACUUCUACACCGCCAUCAGCAAGGACCGCCGCUACGGCGACCUGACGGAGGACCAGCUGCCCUCAUGUGAGAGCCUGAAGGACACCAUCGCUCGAGCGCUGCCCUUCUGGAACGAGGAAAUCGUUCCUCAGAUCAAGGAGGGCAAGAGGGUCCUCAUCGCCGCUCACGGCAACAGCCUGCGAGGAAUCGUCAAACACCUGGAGGGUAUGUCGGAGGAGGCGAUUAUGGAGCUGAAUCUGCCCACAGGAAUCCCCAUCCUUUAUGAGCUGGACAAGAACCUGAAGCCGGUGAAGCCCAUGCAGUUCCUGGGGGAUGAAGAGACGGUCCGCAAAGCCAUGGAGGCCGUCGCCGCUCAGGGCAAAGCCAAGAAGUAGACCUCAGUUCACACAAUCCUCCUCCAAAACACAAUCAUUGUUCGACCAUGAGCCUAGAACCAAACCACUGACCAAUCAUUCAUUUCCUAAUGCUCUGAAUCGGGACCAUCCUUCUAAUAAAAUUCAAUUGAAUCUGCUUGGGUAUAUGUUUAAAUGCAGUGAAAUUGAGCCACAGGGAGGGAUUUUAGCUUUACAUAGUCUCAGCACUGAAGAUCCACGGUUGCACAUUUCAGAAGACGGCACAUGUGUUUGUCUGUGAUGACAUGCUUUGAUCACUGUUGCCAGGCAGCAGCAUAUAUUAAUGUCCGGUCGGGCUGCAGAAGGGGUGCGAUUCCCCGUCUUUGCGUGAUUCCUGCUUUGCACCGCUGCUCUAUAUAUUUCUCAAGACCCACACAAAUGCUCUUGAAUCAUCGCACAGUGUCAAGUCACUGAAGAGAUCUGUGUAACGGUUUGUUUUUAGGAUUCACCUACAUCUAGAGUGGAGACGUGAGUUUGUUUGGUGAUUAAAAGCAUAUUAUAUUCCUGUGGGGUUUUUGCAUAUGUUUAUUCUCACUUUUUCUGUGGUAAAUAUGAUGCUGUGGUACAUGUCUUGUUCAAUGCAUUUUAACCCAAGUAUCCUGCAAACAUACUGAAUAUUGUUGUCCCAGAAAAUAAAUGAUAGCUUGUAAAGGAGGUUAGAAUUAGUUUGCUUGACUGAAAGCCAUAGUUAUAUGUACACUUUCGUGAGUUAUGAGAUGUGCAAUCCCUAAAAAAUUUAAUUGUCUUAAGCAGAAAUAAAGUUGCAUGCUGUGAA